AUGGAAUCUAUCCACGCCAAUCAGAUCUUCCCCAAGAAGCCCCCAGUCCUGGAGGAGGAGAGCCUGCAGGUGAGAACACUAGUUGUCGGAGCUGGUUAGCACAAUGCCAAGUCAUGCCUGUACAGUUAUCGCAAAGUCAUUCUAAAUGUGUUUGUAAUGGUAAUUUACAGUACGUAGGUGUGUAUUUAUAUGGCACCUUUUCAAGUGAUAAGGUUCUGUGCCCUUUGAUAACUUCCCUCUUGUGGUGCCAGGUGCCCUUUCCCGAGCUGCAUGGUGAGUUCACAAAGUAUGUGGGGAGAGCGGAGGAUGCCAUCAUCGCCAUGUCCAGCUACCGCCUCCACAUCAAGUUCAAAGAGUCAAUCGUCAACGUAAGUACUGCCUACUAACUAAAUGAAGGCUAGGUACUUGAUAGCACACAGUUUAUCACCCAGCCUAACACACACUUUAAUUUCACAGACAGUGCCUAAGUGUCUGAAGAAACUCUACAGCUGGUCAGUAAAGUGAAACCCUAUUGUCUCCAGUCUCUGUGUACCUUGACUUUUUAUGAAUGGAGACUGUGUGAUGGGUCCAGUGACAGUGUGCCACUACUGUUGUGGUAACAAGGCAGGCAGGCAGUCUGGAGAGGGCAUUCUCAGUCGUUUGCUUUUCUCUUUCCACUCGCCGUUGCCAUGGUUGCAAAGAUCCCGUCAGGGAUGCACAACACUUCCGCCCUCUCCCCCUUUUGCCAUGUUGUCUAUAAAAAGACCAUAUGUUACCAAUGUGUAGUUAUUCUUUUAAAUUGACAUCUCAUCAUUACACUGGUCUUAGUACAGAAAAUUCCCCCCAUUUCAAACAAAUGACACUGCUUCACUUCGUCUCACCAUCCUGAGAUGGUGUAGUACUGUAGUAUAGUACCGUAGUGAUAAACAGCAUUGCUGUACAGUUGUGCAGGUUCUCCUUUUGGAUCGGCAUGUUUUGAGGUAUACAGGGACGUUUUUGUUCAAUCACCUCCACACUAACAGUGUGUUAGAAUGUUCCAGUUCUUACCGGCUAGCUCACCUAUUAGAUUUUUUUCCCAUUGCUGCCGUCAGUCAGUCGUGUUAUAUUGGAACUGAAUCUCACUAUGUUCCAUGAAACAACAGAGUGUGUUCUCUUCACACAUUUGGAUGGGACGGUAAAGUGCUGGCGCAGUGAGGCAGGCCGUUAACAAGCAUCCAAGGAAUUCAUGGUGUGGUCAGAUGUAGAUUAGAGAGCAGGAAUUAAAACAGAGCCGCGGGAUGUGCGAGCGUAAGGAAUGUGUGGCCAGGCAGCAGCACAGACACAGCUUUAACUCUGUUUCCCUUUUCUUUAUUGUCUCUCCUGUUUUGUUUUGAACAACAGAGUGACAGUUGUUGUGAGGUGUCAGUAAGUACCCAGCAGCCCCUGCAUGCACAGUGUGGUGCCCUGCCCACAGACUGGGCUGGGGUGGAUGACAUCAUGGCAACUGUGUGUGUGUGUUAACCCGUUGAACACUGACCGCCUGUCCAUUAUGCAUGGCAUUGGACCGUGCUGGAAUUGUGAAACAGCAUUCGCUGCACUCCCCUCUGAGUCACUGCAGAGCAGAAAAUGUGAUUUUGGGUGAAACUCUUUGCUCUGCCAUUACCUGCUUGCAAAAAUGCUAUAAUGUUCGCCUAAUUUCAGUUUGUGACCAAACAAGCAAUGUAUAGUGUAGAGCAGGGGUAUUUAACUCUUACGAGGUCCGGAUCCUGCUGGUUUUCUGAUCUACCUGAUAAUUAAUUGCACCCACCUGAUUUCUCAGGUCUAAAUCAGUCCCUGAUUACAGGGGAACAAUGGAAGCAGAGAAAAAGCAGUGGAACUGGCUUCGAGGUCCAGAGUUGAGUUUGAGGGGUGUUGAGAAUGAUUGUACGAUCUAAACCGCUGUGAAAUAGAUUUUUUCAAUAACAAAAAAUAUAUUGUUUGAAGCUGGUGUACAAAACCGAAAGUAAAAAGACACAAAAGCUAAACUUACGCCUCGAGUUGCCCACAAAGCUACGUACUGGACCUUUAAGUAUAAUACUAUAGUUUUGAUGGUAUUUGCCAAGAUCAGAUGAGGGUUUAAUAGACAGUAAAUGUGAGAUGAUAGGGCUGCAGAUGAACAUUUACUGCACUAUGAUCCAACAGUUUUACAUACUGAAUCAGUACACGAGGGAAGAACAUCAAAUCGGAAGGCAGUGCUCGAGGAGAUGUGAAAAUGACAACCUUUGCCUGGGAAAUGCCAUUUGACAACUAAUGCAGCUAGUUUACAUUUGCAGCCGUAGGUGUCGAGGUGCAGUAUGUGCUCAGAUUUACAUGGGGACAGCAGUGUAGCCUUUAGCACUCCUUGCAUGAUCGGCAUUAUCACACUUAACAUGAAACAUGAACUAGCCUACUAACUGGCUUGGAAUUUAGACAUUUUAUUGGUGGCAAUAUUGCACAAGCAUUUACUGCAUGUGCUUGUGAAUUCUGCUGUCUUUCUUUAGGAUAUCCCCUAGUGCAAAUGUUGAGCACAUGUAGGCCUAGAGCCUGAAGCUAGGUUAUUUGUGUGUGGAAAAUGUCAGCCUGCUGGUUUGGAGAUUGUGGUACAGAGUGUGACUGUUCAGUUCCUGUGUCUGUGUACUUCUUCUCUCACCAGGUCCCUCUGCAGCUCAUAGAGACUGUGGAGUGUCGUGACAUGUUCCAGCUCCAUGUCACCUGCAAGGACUGUAAGGUCGUCAGGUAGGAGGACCAACUGAAACAAUACAUGCAUGCAUAUUGCAAGUAACAUUUUUGCUGAUGUUCAUGUCUUGGUUUAGGCCUAUAGCUAGUACGUAUGAUUGUGCUACUUGUCUCCCAGGUGUCAGUUCUCCACCUUAGAGCAGUGUCAGGAGUGGCUGAAGCGGCUGAACACUGCGGUCCGCCCUCCGUCUUGCCUGGAGGACCUCUUCUCCUUCCCCUUCCAUGCCUGGUGUGUGGAUGUGUACGCCGGGGAGAAGGAGCAGCACGGGGAGCUGUGCAGGCCAGGUACGCUGACCGGGACACCGGUGUCCUCAGUGUUGACAGACCUAAGUCCUUCCCUUCAUCUUGUCUCAUCUCACAUCUCCUCUGUGUCCCUGUGUGCCCCGUUAGGAGAGCAUGUGACCUCUUGGUUCAAGAACGAGGUGGAGAGGAUGGGCUUUGACACUCAAAACGCCUGGAGGAUAUCUGACAUCAACAGCAAGUUCCGGUAUGAGCAGCCAACAGCCCCCUGACAGCCUGCAUCCUACAGGGCUGAUCUGAUUACCAGGCCUCCUAGGGUAGUGACAUGAUAACUGUCUGCUGUCAUCCUGCUGCACACACUGCUCUGUGUGUCUGAUACAGAGGCUGGUUGUACUGUUGUCCUCCAGUGGUGAUGAGCCUCCUGUAGAUAAGGGCCUUGUCCACGAUUAGGUGUCCGAGGAUAGGGGCUUUUUAGAGGCAUCACUCAGCCUGUGCCCCCCUCCUGUUCUAACCCCUGCUCCUCUCUCACCUGGUGUUGCCAGGCUGUGCUCCAGCUAUCCGCAGCAGCUCCUGGUGCCAGCCUGGAUCACAGACAAGGAGCUGGAGAACGUGGCAGCCUUCCGCUCCUGGAAGAGGUUCCCGGCCGUUGUGUUCAGGUGGGGCUUUCUCUCUGUCUGUGUGUAGUGUUGUUAGUCAGUGAGAGAGAACAGGGUUAGGUUGUCUGCGAAUACAAUGCAAAGCAAGGACAACUCCUUUCACCCUGAGGUGUGUUGCGUGAGUAAGGGGGGUUCCAUCUUUGCAUAUGUACGUUUUUUGGACCCAAUCCUUUCACAGGAUACCUUGUUAUUGAUAGUGUUAUUGACUCCAGAGGCCACAUGGAUCAGGGUUGCUCCAUGUUGUUUUCCCACACAGUGCAGUCUGUUCUGUUACGUGUCUCCUGACUGUCCCAUGCCUCUCUUCCAGGCACCAGAGCAGUGGGGCUGUGAUCGCCCGCUGCGGCCAGCCGGAGGUCAGUUGGUGGGGCUGGAGGAAUGCAGACGACGAGCACCUGGUCCAGUCCAUCGCCAGGGCCUGUGCUGUGGACUGCAGCUCAUGCAAACACCUGGCAAACGGAUCCUACAUCAAUGGAACCAAUGGAAUCAUCGGCGCCAAUGACCUCGUGGACACUGACUUCGGUCAGUCCACAACACACAAACAUGCACAAAUUCUCACACACCAUACCAUACACACAGAGUGCUGAAGCAGCACCUUCCUAUCUGUUUGUGUGGCUUUGCUGCAGACACUUGUUUGUGCAAUGUGGGCCUGUCAGGGCUUGUCUGAGGGGCCAUCACAUGUAUUACUGCUUUUAUUUGAUAAUACUGACUGUCAUAACCUAUGUAGAGAUUUAAUUCAGGUUGUGUCUCUUUGUGUGUCAGAAUCGUCGCUGACGAACAGCUCGGAGGUAGAGACGCUGGCCAUCCAGCCACAAAAGCUGCUGAUCCUGGAUGCCAGGUCAUAUGCAGCCGCUGUGGCCAACAGGGCCAAGGGAGGGGGCUGUGAAUGCCCAGGUAAGACGGCUCCUCUCUGGGCCAGUGGAUUCAGGAGACUGUCAAUGGGUUUGCAUGGAAGCAGGUUGUCAACUUAAUGUCAACAGAAAAACUGUCCAAACUCACAAUCUGUACUGUUAUUUUCUGCCCUAGAGUAGUUGUUUUGGGAUUAAUGAUAUGUUAUUUUGCCACAAACUGACUUUCACCAUCUCCUCCUCCAUACAGAGUACUACCCCAACUGUGAGGUGGUGUUCAUGGGCAUGGCCAACAUCCACUCCAUCCGCAAGAGUUUCCAGUCUCUGCGCUUCCUCUGCACCCAGAUGCCCGACCCGGCGAAGUGAGUUGUGCCUCUACCACUGUAGUGGAGGUCCAUUCCGACUGGACUCACAAUCCAAGAUGAAUUACACAAGUAGAGACCAUCUACUCCACUCCAGUUUGUUGCCAUGGUGGCUCAGUAACUGUAGUAACUCCAGCUGUGUUUUGGCCUUGCCAACACAUCUGGUUCUGGUUUAGGAACCUGGCCCAGCCCACAGCUAAAGGAUCUCUUUCCAUCUGAACUCCCACAUUCCACUCUGCCAUUUGUAAUUUAAUCACAAUGUCUCCCUUAAACCAAGAGCACAUUGUUGAAAGUACUCAGACGCAAUAAUAGUAAACACUUUUCAUAACUAUGGUCAAAUUCAAUGAAACAGACAUAUUAAAGAUACAUAUUUUUGAUUUGGGACAGCUUGAAAACUCCCUGUUUUUAUUUAUUGUUUGUAUAAGAGCCUCUUUGCUCAUCACAUUUAGAGGAGGUCUUUGGUUUGUCUGUAUCUAAGAUGAGCUGUUGUGUUUAAGUCAGUGCUUGGUGUGACUGAGUGUAUGUGAGUAGUUUAUGUACACUACAGUGAGGCUGUGCAUUCAGGAGAUGGCUUAACCAUCUCUCCCUCUGCAGCUGGCUGUCUGCUCUGGAGAGCACCAAGUGGCUGCAGCACCUGUCUCUGCUGCUGAAGGCUGCCCUGCUGGUGGUGAACGCUGUGGACCGCGACCACAGACCUGUUCUGGUGCACUGCUCUGACGGAUGGGACCGCACGCCCCAGAUCGCUGCCCUGUCCAAGCUGUUGUUGGACCCAUACUACCGCACCAUUGAGGUAGGCUGGCUGGGGCGAUCAUUGGGCCCUGUUGAUUGUUGUGUAUAGGAACAUUUUAGGUUGAUUUAAUAAUUAGACAUAGAGGCACAUUUACAUGGCUGGAAGAAAUGCGUAUGUGCCCCUCUCAAAGUAUAACAUCCAUUUUGACUGAAAUGUAUCUCUUACUGUUGGUAUGAUUUCUCUACAGGGCUUCCAGGUGCUGGUGGAGACUGAGUGGCUGGACUUUGGCCAUAAGUUUGCUGACCGCUGUGGCCACGGGGAGAACUCUGAGGACCUGAACGAGCGCUGCCCGGUCUUCCUGCAGUGGCUGGACUGUGUUCACCAGCUCCAAAGGCAGUUCCCAUGCUCCUUUGAGUUCAAUGAUGCCUUCCUGGUGAGGAGGAUGACCAUAGACCUGAGUAUGAUGGAAUCAAACUCACUUAGUCAGGAAUCUGAAUUAGAUCACAUAAUUGGAUGCAACUCACAUUUUUAUAUUUGGAUUAGUAUGAAUGACAGUCAAAUUUUGUUGGAGUGAGUUACUAUCUUUAUCUGGCUGUGAGACCGUGAAAUGUAAUUACCCUGGAGAGGCUCAGAGAUGCAUGGCCUUUUUUAAUCUCACUAUCAUGAUCAUACCUGAGAUGUGAGCAUGCUCCUGCAUGUUUGUGUGUUUCUGUGCAGGUGAAGAUGGUGCAGCACUCCUACUCCUGUUUGUUUGGCACCUUCCUGUGCAACAGUGGGAAGGAGAGGGAGGACCGUCAGGUUCGGGAGAGGACCUGCUCCGUGUGGUCACUGCUGCGACCAGCCAACCGCGCCUUGAGGAACAUGCUCUACUCCUCCCACUCCGAGACUGUAUGUCUGCUCUGUUUGCUCACCCGUUUAUAUUGGAACAGUCUUCCAUGCCUUAAAUACAAUGGGGGGGGGGACUUUUAGGGGACGCUCAAGAGUGCUAUAACUUAAAUUUGUUUACUUAAAAUGUUCAUGGUCCUAGACCUAAACUUAAUUUAUGACACAAACAAUGUCAUCUUAUCUAUUUAAAACUGUUUUUGUGGCCACUUUGUUGACAUUGUACUUUCUUGCCUUGCUUGCUCAAGUGUGAAUAUUUUGUCUGUCACAUAUAUUUAUAUUUAUGUACAACCCCCUGUAUAUUCCUAUAUCUAAAGUUUUGUCUGUUGUAGGUGCUCCACCCAGUGUGUCAUGUGCGUAACCUGAUGCUGUGGACGGCAGUAUACCUUCCCAGCUCCUCCCCCACCACGCCCUCUGACGAGUCGUGUGCACCCUAUCCUGUGCCAGGCGCCAACCCUGAGGACACUCCCAUGGGCAGGUGAGCCUGCCACUCUGCUCCCUACUCCCUGAUGUAAGAUAGACCCAGGUUGAGGGCACCACAGCCAGAGGGACCUCGCUCUGUAACUGCUUUUCACUCACACAAUGAUUGGUCUGGGAGAUGCAAAGCGUUUUUAUCCUCUGCUUAUUUCAUCUCUCAUGACUUUGUCAGUGUCUUGAAAAGAGAAAAAUAAGUAGGUUGAGGCUGUUUACAACAACAUCAACAUAGCGCAAGGUAUUUUUGUGGUAAUUUGUUAUUGACGAUAACUGUGUUGAGGACGUGUUUCAAAAACAGUGCUGAAUACGUUCCAUAUUUAAUUUUCUGUGCAAGAUUAACUGUCUGUUUUUAGUUUUUCUUUGAUCAAUAGGUUAUGGGGGUAACAUUUGAUUACAACGCUAAUCUUACAUCAUCUUCUCAAUCACUUGAGCUAUGCGUCACUCCGUAUUUUCCAUUUGUGGACAUUCAUGUCUUAAUCCUGAACACUCUAAUAUGAUUACCUGAUUAUAAACACAGCCUCCACUUCAAUCAUGAGGCCUCAAAGAUACAGAGCCAUUGUUAUGGGAUAAAAGGCAGUUUUUUCCAUGUGCUAAUCAACUCAAUUCCUCUCUUUCCUCCCUCGAAAGACGUCCGAAGACCCGUUCCUUCGAUAACUUGCCCAGCGCGUGUGAGCUGGGGAGCUCGCUUGCCCCCAACCGGCGCUCCAGUGACCCAAACCUGAAUGAGAAGUGGCAGGACCACCGGCGCUCUCUGGAGCUCAACAUCGCUGUGGGGCCCGACGGAGGGGGAGCUCAGGAUGGGCGGGGUAAUGGCCAGCCUGGAGCAGCAGGGCCUCAGGCAGGCACGGCCGACUCUGAGCCGGAGGACAGCCCUGAAGGAGGGCAGACUGAGCUGAGAGACAGAGCCUCCAAGGGGUUGUUAGCAGCAGGAGAAGAGAUGGAGCUCUCCGUUGAGCUGACUGUGGCAGAGGGACAGAUGGAGAACAUUCUCCAGGAAGCAACGGAGGAGGAGGCUGGUGCCGAUGCUCAGAGAGAGGCUAACGCUGCUGCUCCUCCUAUUGCCGUGGCUCAAACUCUGAUUGAUGCUAACGCUAAUGGAACAGGGACAGAGAAAGAGGUCAGCACCAGUGAUGCUGAGACUGAUAAACAAGCUAACAUCAAUGGGGCUGAGACUAUCACUAAUGGGCAUCACCCAGAGAAUGGCACAGAUGAACCUGAGGAGGAGUUUAGUGUCUCUCCAGCCAGUCCCACGGACUUUCCAAAGGAGCAGGAGGCGGUAGAGGAGCCGGAAGAGGAGCUGGUGAAACAGGUUCUGGAGAACUGUACUGCCCAGGAGGAGCCAGACCACAACCCUAGCACCAGCACCCCCAGCCCAGCCCAGCCAGCCCCCGCUGCCCCUAGAACUAUGACCAAUGGCUUUGGAGAGAUGACACCAGAGGCUGCUGAGAAUCACCUUCCACCAGAGCCUAAGUCCAGCAGACACCUCUAUGAGGUCCUGGUGCAGGUUGACAAGGGGGCCUCCCUCAUGGAGAGCUCAACAGAGACUCUGACUGAAGAGGCCUGCACCAGGCCAGAGGCCCCAGUGCAUGUACCCGUCUGCCCAGGCCCCAAGCCCUGCACUGAAGGCAGGAGUCAACCCCCCUGCCACAGGAGAAUGAACGGGGAGGCAGAGCCAGAGCAGGGGGCACCCAGGAUUUCAAAUGGAGGACACAAGCGGCCCUCCAUCAGUGCCUUCCAGUCUUUGAGUGCUGAUCCCAGCAGGGAUGGUCUGUGUAAUGGCGAGAGCUUGGAGGGGGAGCCCUGCAGUGGCCCUCACAAGGUGAAUGGGGAGCGGGCCCCACUGAGCCGCCAGGUGUCCCUGGCCUCCUGCAGCUCCCUGACCCACCACCGCCGGGGAAGCUGCUCCCAGCACCGCUGCCUCCACACCCUACUGGGGCGCCCCGCUGCCACACCCAGCCCCGAGCAGCCGGCCCGCAGUCACCUGGACGACGACGGGCUGACGCUACACACGGAUGCCAUCCAGCAGCGGCUGAGGCAGAUCGAGGCAGGCCACCAGAUGGAGGUAGAGACACUGAAGAAGCAGGUGCAGGAGCUGUGGAGCCGCCUGGAGAGCCAUCACCACGCAGCGUCCCUCAGGAUCAACGGAGACAUGGGAGACGAAGUGGUAAGACUCGGCCUCACCCUGCAGAGAGAUGACUUGGCAGUUAAGAGCCGUGACUAAGUUGAUUUGAGUGAGGAGUUUCAAAAAUGAUUUGAUCAGACUGAUAGUGCUGAGGAAAAUGUUUAGUAUUUGUGAGAAGUAGAGGAAACUUUCAGGAACUAGACAUUUGAGGGGAGAACCACGUAAUUAUUCAUAUUUAGUCAGAUGUGAAAUUACAAAGAUACUGUGUUUCUGUUGUCUCAUUCCCUCUCACUCAGACCUCAAUGACAGACUCGGAGUAUAACCUGGACGCUAACUGCCUGUCACGCUGCAGCACAGAGCUCUUCUCAGAGGCUAGCUGGGAGCAGGUGGACAAGAAUGACAGUGAGGUAAGCUGCCUGGCUGAAUGAGAUGCUACAAUAGGGGACAGGUAUGAGGGGUGGAAGUUGAAUGAUGGACUAUAGUGGCUGUAGAGACUGGGAGUUCACAGAUAAAGUUUGGCUGACCUUAAGAUGCUAGCUGAGAACUGCCGUUUGGCUGCCUGUUGCAGGUGACCCGCUGGUACCCGGACCACUUGGCAGCCCAGUGCUACGGGUGUGAGAGUAGGUUCUGGCUCGCCACCAGGAAGCAUCACUGCAGGUAACCAACCACAGGCUCUUGUCCUUGCUAUGGUUUUGACUGGGCCCUGGCUGCCCUCAGACACACUACUAUCACUUCUGAUGUGAUGAGACUAAGCUAAGGAGACACUGUCUCAGUUCAAGCUUGUUGAUUUCAGUUUGUUUUCUACUCGUUUUGUUUCUUCUUUCCCAGAGCUUCCUGCUUUUGUUCGUUUGGGUCUUUUUUUUGCUUUGCAAAUGUAUCGCCUGUAAUUCAGGUGUUGUAAUGUGAUUUGCCUUAUUAUGCGCAGGCAUCAAUGAUAAAUGACAAUGAAAAUUGUCAUUCUAUCAUUACCGUUUUGUGAGAGAAGACAAAUAUUUAGUUUUCUUCAUGGAUGUUGUGGAUGUGCUUAUGAAUUGGACAGAUCUGCCAUGCAGGUGCUGUAGUCUCUGCAUUGCCUCUUUGGUUUUCUCAUUUCCUCAUAUUGUUAUCCUCUCUACUUCCCCUGUUCUCUGGGCCAAUGUGGGACAGCUUCAACAUGUUGCCACUGCUAUUUAGAUUUCCAUGCUGCUUCAAAAGCUGCAUAUCAAUAUGCUGUCUGCUUUUCACUUUGUUGUUUACUAUCAUCAUCAUCUUGGUUAAGCCAUAGUCAGCAAACUAGUUUACCGGCACCAUUUUGGUCCCGGUCCAACAGAAUGCUCACAAUGCCACAUUGUAGCCUAAAAAGCAUCUUCAUUUAGUUUUUUCCCUGUUAUGCAAACUGGAGUUUUACAAGGUGUCUUGGCUUUGAGCCCAGCUGUAAAGGCCUUACAUGACAAUUAGCUUGUUGGCAAUAUGUUAGCAUAUGGGUUAUUUGUGACGUUUGCUACACUGUAGGGCUGAUUGCAGACAUGUAGUGUAAUUUAAAGAUUGUUUGAAUGUGCAGCAUAAAUAAAGGCCAUUCAAGACAGACCUUUUCUGUGCUACUGGUAUCAUCCAGUCAAGACCACAGUGAAGGAAACUUGUGGAAAGUUUUUGAAUCUGUGCCAUAAUGGGAGUAGCCUAUGUAAAGAGGUCUAGUGUUUAUGUAUGGAACUGGGAAAGUAGGGUUUCUACAGUGUCUGAGUGAGUGUGAUAGGGAGAUAUGUUGUCUGUAUUAGCAGUGUAGACUAGAUGAGAGAGCAGUGUGUGAGUCUGGUCUGGGCUUCUCUCUGAUGGUUGCUCCAUUCUGUACCCUCCUCUCCUCCACAGUGACAGGGAGCCUGUCCAAGAGGCCUGGUGAGAUACGGCUCCACUGUCCCCCCUCCCCCUCUCCCCUCUCACCUCCCCUCCCUCUAAUCCUGCAUUGCUCCACCUUUUUGGUUGACUUCAUCCUAAACUAACCCACCCCCUGCCUACUGUAAAACCAACCCACUCAGUCACUUUAUGUUGGCAGCAUUCUCCUUAAGAAACUCUCAGAUGGUUCUCACAUGACCCUGAUGGCCAGCUCCUGUCUGGUCAUUUGUCAUGUGGAAGGUAUGAGCAUGAAGCUGAGAGUGGCUGGCAGUUGUCUGAAAAUAUGUAUUAACAACACACCUGUUUUUCAUGGCAGUGCAAGGGGUGCAUUAGUGAGUGGGCGAUAGGGGAGGUUUUGGUUUUCAGGCAUUUCACCAAUACUUCCACCUGGAAAUGUCUAAUCAGUGACCUAAGUGUUGAGCCACUAGUCUGUACCUACUGUAGGCCCUUCACAUCCUGACAGCAUGCUGCCCCCUGCAUCGCACCCCACCAGCCAGCAUGCUACUGGAGUCCACUCAGUCCUUUAAGACCUACAGUACUGUAUGUGACCAGCCUGGAUGGUCCAGGGUGAUUUGUGGGUUUAUAUUUACUCAGGGGACCACUUUAAAAAGUUGCAUUUCCCUGAUGAAGUGCAGCCAGUCAGGUUUUCUUAUCAGGGUGUCAGUAUUACAAGUUAUGAUGAGUAUAAAGAUUUUGCCCUACAUAUUAAUCAAAGGGUCUUACUUUUAAUUGCUGCAUGGGUUUUUCUCUUAUACCCAUUAAACAGCCCCUCUGUGAUGGAGACUGAACCUGUGCUGUCUCAAUGUCUCCCCCUGUAGGAACUGUGGGAAUGUAUUCUGUGCCAGCUGCUGCGACCAGAAGAUCCCCGUGCCAAGCCAGCAGCUGUUUGAGCCCACCCGUGUGUGUAAUACCUGCUACGGCAGCCUCCAGAUCAAUACAGCUCCCAAUCCCAUGGACCUGGAGCUGGAAGAACCCAUCACAGACAGCUCCAACUAG